UCUGUCUCUCUCUCGCUCUGUCUCUCUGUAUCUGUCUCUCUUCUCGCCUCUCACAGUUGCAGAAAUUUGCUCCGCAGCCUGUGCUGCACCUUAAUGAACCCAAUUGGUGCACUGUGAGCGACCAUCAUAAAUCUGAAGGAUUUUCAGCGUCCGCGGGGUUGCUUAUGAAUUUGCUUAGGCAGACCCUUUUAAGGAGUUGAGUACGUACACCGGUUGGAGAAAUUGAGAAAAUGGCCCAAAACGUGGUUCUAUUUUUAUUGUGGCUUUCGGGCAGAUCACUCGCAGGAUUUCCCAAUCAGAUUAAUAUAGGUGGUCUGUUCAUGCGGUCCACUGUGCAGGAGCACAGCGCGUUUAGGUUUGCCGUUCAGCUCUACAACACCAACCAGAACACUACGGAGAAACCCUUCCAUCUCAACUACAAUGUAGACAACCUCGAGUCGUCCAACAGCUUCUCAGUCACCCAUGCAUUCUGCUCUCAGUUCUCCCGAGGGGUCUAUGCCAUCUUCGGCUUCUACGAUAAGAAGUCCAUGAACACCCUGACGUCAUUCUGCGGGGCGCUGCACACCUCCUUCGUCACGCCCAGUUACCCCACCGAUAACGAAGUGCAGUUUGUCAUCCAGAUGAGACCUGCACUGCGUGGGGCCGUCCUCAGCCUGCUGUCACACUACAAGUGGCAGAAGUUUGUCUACCUCUACGACACUGACAGAGGAUUCUCUAUCCUUCAGGCCAUCAUGGAGUCGGCGGUAACCAACAACUGGCAGGUGACGGCUCGGUCUGUGGGGAGCAUCACGGACGCAGCAGAGUUGAAACGGAUCAUCGAGGAGAUGGACAGGAGGCAGGAGAAACGCUACGUCAUCGACUGUGAAGUGGACCGGAUCAACACUAUCCUAGAACAGGCCAUCUCUGCAUACUGA